AUGACGGAGCAAAAUACGAAAAAGCUGUUCGAGCGUUUAUCAAAAACGAUCGUUCCAACUCAUUAUGAUCUGACCAUUCAACCAUUUCUCGAAACAUUCAAAUUUGAUGGAAAUGUCACCAUUGAUAUACAGGUGAAUGAGUCGACGGAUGCUGUGAUAUUGUAUGCUGCUGAAUUAAAAAUUCAUCAGGCAACACUUGCAUCGAAGUCGAAAGAUGAAUUGAAAGGCAAAGUUGAACUCGAUGAAGAAAAUGAACGGUUGAAAGUCACUUUUGACAAACAACUCGAAAAAGGUGAUUAUCAAUUAUCAUUGAAAUUCUCCGGUGAGAUUACAGAUAAGAUGGUUGGUUUCUACCGAAACAAAUACACAACGCCUGAUGGUAAAGAAAUUCGUUACGGUGCAAGUACACAAUUUGAACCAUCGGAUUGUCGACGAGCAUUUCCAUGUUGGGACGAACCGAAUUUCAAAGCGACAUUUGAUGUCACAUUGAUUGCACCAAAACAUCUUCGUGCAAUUUCGAAUAUGCCGAUCAUAUCCGAACAGGAAUUUGCUGAAAAUAAGGAUUGGAAACUAACUAAAUUUGAUCGUACACCAGUCAUGAGCACAUACCUGGUUGCCUAUGUUGUUGGUGAAUAUGAUUACGUUGAAACAAAAGAUUCCAAUGGUGUUAGUAUGCGUGUGUAUACUCCAGUUGGUAAAAAAGAGCAUGGUAAAUUCGCAUUGGAUAUUGCUUCGAAAGUACUACCUUUCUAUGCGGAAUAUUUCAAUAUCAAGUAUCCAAUAGCGAAAGCUGAUCAAAUUGCCAUACCAGAUUUUGCUAUGGGAGCUAUGGAAAACUGGGGUCUGGUGACAUAUCGCGACACAGCACUUUUGAUUGAUCCGAAAUUAUCAUCCAUCAAUUCUCGACAAUAUGUCGCUAUUGUUGUGGCACAUGAACUUGCACAUCAAUGGUUCGGAAAUCUAGUUACUAUGGACUGGUGGACUGAUUUAUGGCUCAACGAAGGCUUCGCAUCGUGGAUCGAAUACUUAGCAGUUGAUAAAUGUUAUCCUGAAUUCGAUAUUUGGACCCAAUUUGUCGCAGAUACGUUUGCAAGCUUUCUUAUUCCGGAUGCCUUAAAAUCUUCGCAUCCAAUUGAAGUGCCUAUUGGUCAUCCGGCUGAAAUAUCGGAAAUUUUUGAUCACAUUUCGUACUCGAAAGGUUCCUCUGUCAUUCGUAUGCUACAUGAUUAUAUCGGUGACGACGCUUUUCGAAAAGGACUUCAUAAUUACUUAAAAGAAUAUAGUUACAAAAAUACUACUACGGUUAAUCUUUGGUCUCAUCUAGCUAAAGCAUCGAAUAAGCCAGUUGAUGAAGUAAUGUCAUCAUGGACAUUGCAAAUGGCAAGUGGUUAUCCAUUAAUCACCGUACACGAAGAACAACACUCAAAUAAAUCUCGUGUUUUGAAAUUAUCUCAGCAACGUUUCAUUGCUGAUGGCAGUGCUGACGAUGAAAAUCUCCAGUGGAAAAUUCCGAUAACUAUUUUCACGAAGUCCAAUCCUAAAGCCGUUACCAAACAGAUUCUUAUGGAUAAACCUGAAGUAACCGUCACUUUAGAUAACGUUUCGGAAGAUGAUUGGGUUAAACUAAAUUACAAUUCUAUUGGACUCUAUCGUGUCAAAUAUGAAUCGAAGGCAUUGGCACGUCUUCAAGAGCCUAUUGCUAAUAAAACACUCAGUCCACAAGAUCGGCUCAUCAUUCAAAAUGACGUGGCUGCUCUGUGCAAUGCUGGUCACCAAUCGUUUGUUGAUUAUCUCGAACUGUUAUUGUCGUACAAGGAAGAAGAUAACUUUACUGUUUGGAAAGCUAUUGCAUCGACAAUUGGCGAUUUAUCAUCGUUACUUGAAUAUACGGAUUACUUUGAUCAAUUUAAAGCCUAUCGUUUGAAACUUUUCUCAUCCAUUCAGCAAAAACUCGGCUGGGAUGCGAAAGAAAAUGAAAAUCCAUUGAUUGCUAUGUUACGCCCGAUGGUUUUGAGUCUAAUGGGUAGAUCGGAUGACCAAGCCAUCAUUGAUGAAGCAACAAAACGUUUCAAAAAGCAUCUAGCCGGUGAAUUAAUCGAUCCGAAUAUUCGCGGAACUGUCUAUGGCUUAGUUUCACGUUAUGGCAAUGAUACGACACAAGAAGAACUUCGAAAACUAUAUGAUGCCGCUGAUAUGACUGAAGAAAAAGUUCGUUUACUUCGCGCGAUGGGUCAAACAAUUGAUGGCAAUGCUAUUGAGAAAGUGAUAAAAUUCGUAUUCGAUGGAGAUCAUGUUCGCAUGCAAGAUUCCUAUAUAGGUCUUGUUAGUUGUGCUAGCAGUCGAACUGGUCGUGAUAUUGUCUGGAAAUAUUUGCAAAAGAACUGGAAAGCACUCGUUGAACGCUUCGGUGAGAUGAGCAAUUUCCUCGUUACUUUCGUCGAUGGUACGUUAUCGGAUUUCGUUGAUGAAAAACUAGCUGAUGAUAUUCAAGCAUUCUUCGACGCAACGAAUACCGCAAUUGUAACGCGAGCUGUGAAACAAGUCGCCGAAACAAUUCGUAUGCGUGCAGACGUUAUGAAAAGGGAUUCGAAGGCAAUAGCCGAAUAUUUAACUCAGCAAUAA